UUUGAUCAGGAGUGUACUACAAAUACUACUAUUAUACUUCUACUACUAGAGUUACUACAGUAACUACAGUGCUUCUUAGUUAAAAGCGAGGCCCAGAUUUUCCUUUGUUCAGACGAAGAGGAGGAGGAGGAAGAUGGGCCACUCUGCUCUCAUUUGGUUUAUUACUCUGGGCACCUGUCAGAUCUUCACCUCUGCAGAUCCCUCUAAAGGCUGCACACACUACGCAGGUCUCGGACAACGCUACGAGCUCCCUCUAAGUUUGGCCAAAGAUAAAAGACUGAGAUGGAUCUUUGAUAAUAAAAAUAUAUAUGACAGUAAAACGAAAACGGACACCUAUACAGUCACAGAAGGGGGCGCUCUCAUCCUGCCCAAUGUGGCCCAAUCUAAUGAGGGAAGCUACACUGCGGAGGUGCUCAACAGUGACGGAAAAUCCCAGAAAGAAACUCUGGUCCUAUGUGUUCAAGAGAGCGUUUCAAAGCCCACUGUGAAGUUUGAAUGUCAAGCAAAAUUGAAACGAGUCCGGUUCAGCUGCUCUGUUCCUCAGACCAAAGACAUCACUUACCAAUGGCUCGAUGGUGGGAAGGUUAUCGCUCAUGAAAAAGCAAACGUUCUAGUUCGAACUUCCAACCAGCUGGGAUCUAACUCCUUCACCUGCAAAGUGUCCAAUAGGGCAACCUCUCAAACCAGCGAUCCGGUUCAGUCCAGUCCAGACUGCAUCAAAUAUAUUCCUUCUGUACCAACAACAGGCAGCACAACCCCAGACGAAGAUGAAAAAUGGCUUGGGCUCGACUUUUGGCUCAUGGUUGGGAUUCUGGCAGGAGGAGGAGGACUUGUGCUUGUGCUCAUCGUGGCGACCAUAGUUUGCUGCAGCCUCAACAGAAGGAAGAGAAGAAUGAGAGUGAAAGAUGAACAAGAACUGCGUCUCCAGUGGAAUACCACUAAUCACCAACACCAUCACUAUAGUAACCAAAGAGGCCAUGGACACUCACACGGCCCCGCCCACCCCGCAGAACCUUCUCCCGGACAGGCCACCGCGAAGCAGGGACCGGCCGCCGCGGGACACACUGGACCAAGACCCCCAAAAGCCAGACAGAACCGACCCAGACCUCCUGAUCCAAUCACAGGACAACCUCUACCAGGGCCCAGGAGGCUGCCGGAGACGGGACAGACUAAGGUGCCUAGCAUUGGCAAUGAUGAAGUAAACCCUCCUCCUCUGCCUCAGCCCAGAAAGAAAGGCGGCCCCAGGACACAGAAGCGAUGAAGAUCCACGGUAAAACUAAGACUUAAGUUUUGAAAUACUGGUCCAGUUUUUGGCAAAUUUUAUAAUGCUGAUGUAUUAUAUAUACUUGUCAAUGGGGUAUGUGGUGUGGUUCAGACCUGGUUUAGACCUGGAUUAGUCCUGGUUUAGACCUGGUUUAGACCUGGGUUAGUCCUGGUUUAGACCUGGUUUAGACCUGGGUUAGUCCUGGUUUAGACCUGGGUUAGUCCUGGUUUAGACCUGGGUUAGUCCUGGUUUAGACCUGGGUUAGUCCUGGUUUAGACCUGGGUUAGACCUGGGUUAGUCCUGGUUUAGACCUGGGUUAGUCCUGGUUUAGACCUGGGUAAGAUCAGGUUAAACCCUGAAUUUAAUGAAUUGUAAAUAUAAAUAUAAUGCAAUGGAGAACAGGCACAUUCAAAAGGUAAUCAUUUCAUAAGAUUUAAAUUUGUACUAGAAGUAUUUAGAAUAUUAAAUUCAUAAUUACACAAUUGUCCAGGCAAAUGACUCAUGAUAAUAAUUCAAUAUACAUUUUUUUGUUUUGUUUUUAUUACCAGAAAUUUUGAUGAUUUCUUGUUUAGAUUUUUAUUUUCAAUUUUAUAUUUUUUCUAUAUUAUCAAAUGCUCUAUAUGUAGUUUUAAUGUUUGUAGUUAUUUGUUAGUGCAUUAUGUAGUGUACUUAUUAAACUGAUGCAAACAACUGCUUGUAAAUACAAAUAUUUAUUGCUUAACAAUAAAACUUGUACAUUUGAUACUCUC